AUGCCGCCCCGCCAGCGCCAGGGCCUCACGCAGCUCCAGAAAUACGAGAUAUGCCGUCUGCGCGCCCAGCACCCGUCCAUGAAGCUCGCCGAGUUCGCGCAGCUGCCGCUGUGCCCGCGCCGCCGCGACGGCCGCCCGCUCGCAAUCUCGAGCCUCGCGGACCACCUCAAGGGCUGGGAGGAGACGGUCAAGCAGGGCCCGCCGGAAGGCGCGGAAGCAAACAAGAAAAAGUCCCGUCCCGCCAUGUUCCCCAUCUUCGAGUACCUGCUGGUCACCUGGAUCGACGCGGCCGAGGCCGCGCGCCAGCCAAUCACCGACGAGGCCAUCCGCGCGCAGGGCAAGCGCAUCCAGGAGCGGCUGUCGAGCAGCAGCGCCGACGAGUGCCGCGAGACGUACGACAGCUUCGAGAUGAGCAGCGGCUGGCUGCAGGGCUUCAAGCAGCGCCACAACAUUGACCAGCACAAGCGCCACCGCCAGGUCGGCGGCCCGUUCGACGCCGCUGCCAUACCGACACAUCGCGCGAGUCUGAGUAUGGGGCUGAGGCAGUUUGCGCCGGCGGAUAGGUAUAACUGUGAUGAGGCGCGGCUGCACUUUGAUCGCCAGCCGGAGCUGCCGGGGUCGGGGUCGGGGUCGGGGUCGGGGGUGGAGGCGCAGGGUGCGGGAGGUGCGGGAGGUGAGGAGGGUGGUGGUGGUGGUGCUGGUGGGGGAGAGAAAGAUAAGGAGAAGGAGAAGGAGAAAGGGCGGUUCACGGUGUUUCUAUGCGUCAAUGCCGACGGCACCGACAAGCGGCGCAUCACGGUCAUGAGCAAGAUCCGCACGCCCGCCGUCUUCAAGCGCGAGCGCAUCAAUCCCGCCAACCUGCCCGUCACCUACCGCUACAACAAGAAGACCUCACUCCCCACCGACCUCUGGUAUGAGUUCCUGCGCACCUUCGACGCCGACAUGCGCGACGCCCGCCGCCGCAUCGCCCUCGUCUGCGAAAACUGCCCCACAUACCCAACCCCCACGAAGCCCCCGCCAAACUACAAGGGCCCGCCGCCGCCCGUCCUCACAAACAUCACGCUCUUCUUCCUACCCACAAACACGGCCGCCCUCCUACAGCCCCUCAGCCAGGGAAUCAUCACAGCCUUCAAAGCAACCUACCGCAAGAUGUGCGCCGAGCUCCUCCUCGACCACCAUCACCAUCACCACAGCCACCACGCAGCGAGGCGUGAGCGCGAGCGCAUAAACACCCUCGAGGCAAUCGACAUCAUCACGUCCGCCUGGAGCGCCAUCCCGCCGCGCAUCAUCCUGCAGUGCUGGCAGGCGGCCGCAAUCUGCGAGGACCUCGCACUGAUGGAUCUCGGUGGCUCGCCCACCGAGUACGUUGAGGCGCAGCGGCGUGCGUGUCUGGGCGUGCUGCAGCGGCUGCAGCCGCGGCAGGAGCUGGCGGGCGCGCUGCUGGAGGCGUUUUGGGGCGCCGAGGAGGAGAUCCCGGGGUGUGAGGGUGGGGAGGCGGGGCGCCGGAUGUGGUGA